UCUCAUGACAGGAUGCAAGAAAGUGACAACAACAGCAACAACAACGUUGUUACACAUCAAGCAUGUUCAGCAUGCAAACAUCAAAGAAAAAAAUGCAGUGAUAACUGCACAUUAGCACCGUAUUUUCCAUCAAACAAAAACAAAGAAUUUCAAGCAGUUCACAAAGUUUUCGGAGUUAGCAACAUAACAAAAAUGGUAAAGAGUUGUGAAGAAACAGAAAGAAAAAGAGUAGUGGAUUCAUUGAUUUGGGAAGCAUUGUGUAGACAAAAAGAUCCUAUAAAUGGUUCUCUUGGAGCAUAUAAAAAAGUUUACAAUGAGUAUAGAAAAGUAUUUGAAGAACUUAGAAUAAUAAAAGAGCAAAAUCAAUUAUUGCACAUGCAAAGUAAUCAAGGGUUAAUAUCAACCAAACCAAUAAGUGAUUCUAAUGGAAUGGAUUAUCAUCUUCUUCAUCAGAAUAAUGGUGUUGGUUCUUCAUUAUAUACUUCUUAUUAUUCACAUUAUUUACAAGAUUAUGACAAUUUGAGGACAGAAGUUGCUAUUCCAAUUCAGCAACACUCAUCACAGAGUUUGAGGCAGGUGAUGAAUUCAAUCAGUGAACAGUGGGAGCAUAUGGAAGAAGGCACUAGGGUUGGUAAUCAUGCAGUGUGAAGAAAGUUUCAUAUUUGGAUUUGAAAUUUCAAAACUGAGAUAUGAAUCUUUUAGACUUUUC